CCUCGGAGAGUUUGAAACAGCUCAAUGCAGCGUUUUAAUCAGUGAGUUUUAAUCAUUCUAUCACGCUUGAUCUUUGACCUGUUGCAUACUAAGUUGCAGUGGGGCUGAGCGUGCACGCGCCUCCUCACUCAGAUGGCGUUUUUCUCAGUGAACUACUUUUGAUUUGAACAGCGUGACAGCAGAGAAUAACACUAUGGCAAAGGCAGAGUACUCAGAAACUGCAGAACCCAAUCAAAUCGGACCGGAUUCGGAGUCUGAUUCGGAUCCGGAUGAUCACUUGCCCAGUGUGGACGCCGGAGUGGGAUUCGGAUCAGUCCGGCGGACUCAAGUGAUCCACAGCGGGCAUUUCAUGGUUUCCUCGCCUCACAGCGACUCAGUCAGGAGGAGAAGCGCAGCUCUUUAUAAUUAUUAUGAUAAUUAUGACACUGUUACUAAACCGGACUGCCAGACCUACAGUUUCGGUCCAUUGAGUUCCAGACGACUGAGCAUCGACCCAACUCUCACGCGCCUGUUUGAAUGUAUGACACUGGCAUACAGUGGGAAGAUUGUCUCUCCAAAGUGGAAGUCUUUCAAAGGUUUGAGGUUGUUGUGGAGGGAUAAAAUCCGGCUGAAUAACGGCAUUUGGAGGGCCUGGUUCAUUCAAUAUGUGGAGAAAAGGAAGAACCCUGUGUGUGGGUUUGUCACGCCGCUGGAGGGGUCGGAGGCGGAUGCCCACGGCAAACCUGAGGCGAUUGUUCUGGAGGGAAGCUACUGGAAGAGACGGAUAGAGGUGGUGAUAAAAGAAUAUCACAAAUGGAGGAUUUACUAUAAGAAAAGACUUCAGAAGAACAAAGAUCUGCUGUGCAUGUUACAGAAGAGUCCGAAUAGCAGAACAGGACUGGAGAAGUGGACUAGCCAGAUUUAUCCAGAGCCGGAGACGGCAUCAGAGGAAGUGCACAUGUUUGACUUGGAUUGCUUUCUGUCGGACAUCUCAGACACACUGUUCACCAUGACCCAGAAACCCAGUCCCUGGAUGGGAGAGCGCCAGAACAUUUACACCAGUAAUGCAGACAUGAUCCAGCCUGGGUUGACUCCACUGCAGCCCAGCUUGGAUGACCUGAUGGACAUACCAGAUAUCUUCAUGAGUUUGCGCGGGCCGGCACCGGAGCACGUGGGUUACUCGGACUGCAGCUUCUUCGAGAGUGCGUCCAGUGGGGCGUUCCUGUCGACUCCUUCCUCUGCGAUCACCAGUCAGAUGAUACACACCGGAUCCCUGCUAACACAGCCUCCACUCUCCGCUGAAAACUCAUCCCAGCCGUCCUCAUCUGUAAACCUUUCUGGACCCAGUUAUCCUCGCCAGACCCCAAACAUGACCUUCAACCCCAGUCCUGAACCCUCAGAUCCCAAGUUCAAAGGUCACACAGCAGAAUACAUCGGUGACUUCCAUCCCUCUCUGAACCUCUCGUCCGGCAUGACCCCGUACACUCAGCCGACGUCAUUCAACACUGAGAUCGCUCAGGAAAAUCCUUACCCGGCAACCUGUCUCAGACACAGAUAUGCAUCCAGCCAAUCAGAGACCACGUCCACGGUCAUCACACACACCGGCUCGGCCAUGAGCGCGAUCCCAUCGGAAACCCAGCAUGGACACGGAUACUCCAGUGUUGCUGAGAUGUUUCCGUCUUCCACCUGCAUGUCUUUGAGUUACGAGCCCAUAAACGUGUCUCCGCCGUCGGGCGUUCUCUCUCACUGCUUCUCUGUGCCACAACAAGUGGGCGUGGCUUCUGGCAGGGGGAAGCACAAACACAAGACUGGAGGAGCCCCAUUGGUUCCCAUGGCGAUGACCUCAUCUGUAGCCCCGCCCACUCAGACAAGCUGCCUGGCCAAUCUGCUCUCUUCCAGAUCUCAUGAGCGAAAAACAUCAUUGAGUUUUGAUGCUCCUUCAACGGGAUUAAAAGGCCACAGACCAACAUCACCCAUCUCUCCGCCAAAAAGCAGCAGUCGUGGAGGAUCACAGAUUUCCCACAAUGCCCCCUGGUCCUCUCCAGCCAUCGCUCCUCUGUCACCGUUACACAUGUCAGGCCACAGCGGCUCCUCACAGGGAAACACCAUUUCAUCUCUGCUCGCGCAACAAACGCCACUUCUCAUCCCCAAAACAGAAAAACUCUCCCCGGUUCAAAUGCACGCAAGUGACAGGACCAGUUUAACAGUUACUUUUUCAGGAAACAUGGGGCAGACGUCACCUACGAAUCCACCGGAGAAAAACCCGGAGGAGUUACCUGGAAAAGCCAAGAUGGAGUCCACAAGAACAGACACGCGACGGAUCACACACAUUUCUGCCGAGCAGAAGAGACGGUUCAACAUCAAGCUCGGCUUUGACACGCUUCACAGUCUGGUGACCACUCUCAGUUCACAGCCGAGUAUAAAGAUCAGUAAGGCCACCACCCUGCAGAAGACAGCGGAGUACAUCAGUAAGAUGCAGCAGGAGAGAGCUCAACUCCACGAGGAGGCCCAGAGACUGAGAGACGAGAUCCUGGUGCUCAACUCUGCCAUCAAUGUGUGUCAGCAGCAGCUUCCGGCCACAGGCGUCCCAAUAACACGACAGCGAUUCGACCACAUGAGAGAGAAGUUCAGAGAGUAUGUGAGGGCUCAAACGCUGCAGAACUGGAAGUUCUGGAUUUUCAGCAUCAUCAUCGAGCCGCUGUUCGAGUCGUUUAACGGUAUGGUGUCCACAGCGAGUGUGGAUGACCUGUGUCGCAGCACUCUCUCCUGGCUGGACCAGCACUGCUCUCUGCCCGCGCUCAGACCCACUGUUUUGAGUUCACUCCGUCUGCUCAGCACCUCCACAUCAAUCCUCUCAGAUCCCAGUCUGGUUCCCGAACAGGCCAUCCAGGCUGUCAGUCACGGACAUUCAUCCCUCGGCUACAACCAAUGACAGCACACGCUCUCAACCCCACAGCCAAUCAUUCGACCCUCAUGCUCAUCCAAUCACAACAGCAACGACCAAUCACAAUGUACUCUCUCACAAAUGCAGCCAAUGAUGCUCUUUCCCACAAAUAUACAAGUGCUUGUUGAUGGUAAAUGGUUUAGUUGUGUGUUCUUUUCAUUAUUUAUAGGAAAACAGAAGCUGAUCAGAAUUGAUGUGUUUUUAAUGUGCCGUUUAAUGCCUUAAAGACACGGCAUACGUUUCUUCUGUUGAUGUUAUUGCUUUGUAAUUCUCAAAAUAUCAACGAAUGUGAGUGUUUUACAGUAUAACGUUCUGCGCCUUGUUUACAUUAUAACAUGUAAUUUCAGCUUUUGUUCGGCUGGUCUUUUCAACAAAGUGUUAAUUUCCCUCGAGGAAUAAAUGUAAAUGUUUGACUGUG